AUGGCAACUCCACCUAAUGUACCACUAUCGUCUAAAUCACGUGGUCAUUCACUAUUUGAUCGUCAAGCACAAUUACACGCGCAUGAUCCAGAGAAACCACUUAAUGCAACUAUUUCCGAUAUUCCUAUACCUUUACCAACACUUAAAGCAGCUCAUUCAGUAUCAUCAGCAUCUACUUCAACAUCAUCUACUACGUUUCAUCACCAGCAUUAUUCACCACCUGAAAAACAUCGUCGAUUGCCAUUAACAUCUACCGAAUCGUACGCACAUACAAAUGACAAUACUGUUCAAUUGUUAAGUGUUCAUCCUCGACCUGAAUCUGACUAUAUCAAAGAAGUGCCAUCACCAUCUCUGUCAGCACUUGUACCACCGACAGCUCCAUCUAAAUUACUUGAAACUGAUUUUCCUCUAUAUGAAAAUGUUACACCAGUCGAAUCAGAAAAAGUAACAAGUGAAAAUGUAAUACCAAAUGAUACUUCAUCUGUCACUAUUGUUGAACAAGCUUUUGAUUAUUUAACAUCUCAUGAUGAUGAUGAUGAUGUUAUUCAUGAAGAAACUAAUAUUGAACAAGAUGAUUAUAGUUAUAGUUUCGAUGAUGAAGAUGAAGAUCAUAGUAUUAUUACAAAUGAUCUUGAUGCAACAACAGGCAUUCAUAUUCAUCAAAAUGAUAGUGCUGCUAGUCAUACAUUAUCUUCAACAGAAAUCAAUGAUAAUACUCAACAAAUAAAAAUGGCAUAUGCAAAUCAGGGUACAAUUAGUGAAGAAUAUGAUAGUGAUUUUGAUAAUUCUUCGCAUGAAGAUGAUGAACAAAUACCACAUAAAGAUUCAAUAAAUGAAUAUGAUGAAGAACAACAAAAUCAAAUAAUUUUACGACAACAACAACUUCUUUGGGGAAUUGUACAAGAAUGGUUAAGAAAAGAAGAAUUAUAUUGUGAACAAUUAAAAACAAUGGCAGAACAAUUUAAUCAAGUAGCAAUUCCAAGUAAUUUACACAAAUUAAUCGAACAAUUGAUUGUACAACAUAAAAGAGUUUAUCAAGAAAUCGAAGAUUUACAUGACUGUGAUCAUCAAUUCGAAAAAUUAACAAAUCAAUUAACACAUACUGUUGAAACAUUAAUGGAAACACUUCCAGUAUAUACUGAAUAUAUUAAAAUGAAUUUAGCACCUAUUAGAAAACUACUUGAUAAACGUUCGAAUGUCAAUGGAUUAUCUAGUGAAGAUCUUCUAUCGAUUCCUCCAAAACAAUUUCUUCAAAUACUUUCUCAAGUUCAAGAUUUAUAUCAGACAUCACAAUCAUUUGAAUCUGAUGAUAAAAACAGUAUGCAUAGUUUAUAUAAUCAUGCUCAAAAAUGUAAAGCAUAUGGUAGUCAACAAGAUGAGAAUAUAAAUAAAGUUAUUUUAAAAAAUGAAGAUGUUGUAACAAUGUCUGCACGAGAAAAACGUGAUCGGUGUCGAUUAAUACUAUACCCUGAUGCAAUUGUUUGUUGUAAUUUAAAACCGAAAUUACUGACCAGUCCAAAAUAUACUCUUCUUUGGUAUAUAUCAAUGCUUGAUUUACAUUGGACUAUACCUGAGAAUUCUGAUGAUAAUGUUGUAACCGGUGAUGAAUUAAAAAUGAAUCUUAAAUCAAAUUAUCGAGAAUUAGAAAAAACACAAAAAACAAAUGCUACAAUUACAACUCGUUUAUCAAAAAAUAUUCGUAGACAAGAAAGUGAAUUUCAUCUUGCACAAUCAAAACUUCAACUUAUAUUAUCGAAUUCAUGUCGUUCAUCAGCACCACCAUCAAUUAUACUUUUUUCAUCAGCAUAUCAACGUCAAGAUUGGAUUGAUUUAAUUGAUAAAACAAAACAAGAUCUUAUACAACGUAGUUCAGCUAAUUUAAAUCAAGCAAAUCAUCCACAACGUUUAAAUGAUUCUAUUAUACAAAAACGUUUAGAUUUUAUAAAACCAAAUUCACAUGAAACAAAUCUAAAUGAAUUACCAUCGACUAUUCAAACAGCAACACCAAGUAAAACAUAUUCAGGUACAUUAUGUAUUACAAUACAUAGUAUACAUGGUACAGCUUUAUAUAAUCCAAUAAGACAAUAUCAAACAUUACCAUUAAUGUCCUCACCACAACAACAAAUGGAAAAGAAUUUUCAAUUUUAUGUAGCUGUUGAAAUUGAUUCAUAUAAUACGUUUUAUCCAUAUGCAAAAACAGCAAAACAAAUUAUGCAACAACAAGACACAGUUGAAUUUAAAGGAGAGGUAUUUAAUGUUGAAUUAGAAUAUUCACUUGCUUUUCGUUUUCUUAUCUAUCGUAUUGAUACAUCUCCUACAAGUAGAACUAAUAGUUUACAACGUCCAGUAUGUAUUGGUAAAUUUCAUCGUGAUAUUGAUACUGCAUUACGUGAUUGUCAACGUAGUCCAAGUGGAGUCAUAUAUCUUGAAUCACAAUCAGGAGAUUUAAAAUUAAAAAUGUCAUUAAAAUAUUCCAAACGUGACGGAACAUUUCGACGUCAAGCAUCUAAACGAAGUCUUGCUGUUUUUGGUAAAAGUAUUGAAAAAUUAACAAGUACAUCCAAUGGACUUAUUGAUGGUAUUCCACGUAUCAUUGUUAAAUGUAUUAAUGUGGUUGAAUGUGAUGGUUUAAAUGAAACAGGAAUCUAUCGUGUUUGUUGUGUUGCAUCUGAUUUACAAAAACUUCGUCAUGAAUUUGAUCGUGAUUCUCAACGUGCCGAAGGAAUUUUAGCUCAAAAAAAUGUUCAUGUUGCUGCUAAUUUAUUAAAAUUAUUUUUUCGUGAAUUACCUGAUCCAUUAUUUAGUAGUAUACUUUAUAAAGAUUUUUUACAAGCAAUACAAUUAACUGAUAUGGAUUAUCAACGUGUGACAUUAUUGAAAUUAAUUGAUUCAUUACAUUCUGAUAAUCGAAAAAUUUUAUUCUAUUUAUUAGAUCAUCUAAUACGUGUUAGUGAAUAUUCACAUAUAAAUAUGAUGCAUUUAGAUAAUCUAGCUGUUGUAUUUGGACCUACAUUAAUGAGACCAUCAAAAUUAAUUAUAACAACAAUUUAUUCAGAUAAUAAUAAUCAACGUUUAAAUAAUAAUAAUGGACAAGUAAAACAAACUGAUAUUGAUCAAAUGUCAACUGAAUUACAAGGUUCAAUGUAUCAAUGUCAAGUUGUACUUGCUUGUUUGAAAUUAAGACGAGAUAAAAUAUUAAUAUAA